CCCAGCAGUGCACCCUCCUGUGCCCAGCAGUGCACCCACCUGUGCCAACUAGCAGUGCCACCUACCUGUGCCCAGCAGUGCCACCCACCUGUGCCCACCAGUGCCAUCCACCUGUGCCCACCAGUGCCACACACCAGUGCCCAUCAGUGCAGCCCAGCAGUGCUGCCAGUCAGUGCCACCAGUCAGUGCCCAGCGGUUGUGCCAUGCCCAGCAGUGAUGCCAGUCAGUGCCACCUAUCAGUGCUGUGUAUCAGUGCCGCCUAUCCGUGACACCUCAUUAGUGCUGCCUAUCAGUGCCGCCUAUCCAUGCCACCUCAUUAGUGCUGCCUAUCAGUGCCCAUCAGUG